GGAUUUUCUCUAAACAGAAGGUUCUGGUGGGAUUCCGUGGAUCUCGGGUCGGCGAAGCGGCAAGAUAGUGUGUGGGGAUUGGGGAAAAAGUCAUCGGAAGUAGAUGGAAAGGGGAGAGAGGUUCUGAACCGACGAACAAAAGGGAAAGUUUGUGUGGUAUGGAGGAGAAGAUAAGAUGAAGCAGAAGGUUGCUUAUGGCAGGAGAGAAAUCAGAAGAAGGAAGAGAAGGUAAAGUGGCGAGCAAGGAUCCUUUGUUGAGAACUAAUGAAUUGUUUCCUGGAAAUUAGAGUUUUGAUGAGUAACUGAUGAAGAAAGGCUGGAUCCAAAGGUCUUUUAUUGGCGAGUGGGGUAAUAAGGAGGAGUGGGCAUUUGUGUGAGAGGGGAAGCUAGGCACGUGGGCGAAUGAAGGCAAUGGUUUGGAG